UACAUACAGACCUGCAAUUGGCGCGGCACAAAGCCAUAACCGCCUGCAGUACCAUCUUCUCCACGCAUACACGUACCAGAGAAAAGUCCUUGCAGGGAUCCUAGACCUAGACCGUAAACCCUACCGAGACCGACUCACCGACCAUGAACGACGGCCGCAUAACCAUCGAAACCCACCACAGCUCAGAUCCUCAGAGGUUCCGAACAUUCACUGUACACUUCUUCCACAGCUACCGUAUCCACGUCAUUCUCACUUCCACCCCCGCCGUCGUCCGUGCAUGGCUCCGCAAAGUCCGUUCCCGCUUCCUCACCCACAUCCGCAGCCGCCGCCUCGUCGUCGGUCUCGGCGUCCAGUGGAACCCCUAUUAUGCCUCUGCCGCCACUCUCCAGCUUUGCAUUGGCCACCGCUGCCUCGUCUUUCAGCUCUUCCACGCGCCCCGCAUCCCCAGCGCCCUCCGCCGUUUCCUUUCCGACACCGGUAACACCUUCGUUGGCGUCUGCAACCACAGAGACGAGGACAUGCUCCUCGGCUCCAAGCACAGGCUAUUACUCUCGAACCUCGUUGACGUUCGUGAUGUGGUGACCGCGACGAAGGGCUGGAGUAGGAGUCUCUCGAUGGAGGAGUUGGCAAGCCGUAUUUUGGGUUUCAAGGGCGUGGAGAAGCCCGAGCGGAUUGGUAGGAGUGCUUGGGAUGAUUACUGGCUUAGCGAAAAGCAGGUCCAGUAUGCAAGCGUCGACGCUUAUCUUUCUUUCUCAAUGGGAAAGGCUUUGAAUGUGUGGAAAUGGCCUGAUUCGAUGAGUCUUUGAUGGUAUGUUUUAGUAUGGGUUUUGUUGGGGGCAGAAUUGAACUUGAAAUUUUUUGAUGUUGCACUUUUAUCGCCACCUGACAAGUCUCUAUCUCAGUUCAUGGACCGAAUUCCACGUUGUUUUUGUUGU